UUCCAGCAUGCCUCGAGGCUUCCUGGUGAAGAGGAGCAAGAGGUCCAAUCCGAUGUCGUACCGUUUCAGAACCGAGGAUGAGGAAGACGAUCUGCAGUCUUCAUCUUCGCCCGUGCACAAGCGCGUGCGCACGCUGAAACCCCACUGCUGGCCGGCCGCUCCAGAGAGGACUACCAAGGGGGUCCAGUUCGGCGACCCGGAGGUGAUGUACCGGUGUCUGUCCAGCCCGACACGGCCGGUCAGCAAAGAGCAGGACUUCACUUUGGGCUCGCUGACCCGCUCCGAGUCUUUCCCAGCCACGGCUGCUGCCCUCACGGCUCAGGACCACCUCUUCGAACCGGUGGACCUCAAGAUGAACAACCGAACCGAAUCCAGCACCACGAUGGGGACCAAGCGGACCAAAGGGAAAGCCACGCCCACCAAGAGAAGCAAAUCAAUGCGGAAGCUGCACUUGGAUGAUGACGUCACCACUUCGCCGGUACUGGGUCUGAGGAUUAAGGAGGUUCUGGUGGACCGGAAGCCUCCCGAGGGUGACGGUGAGUUUGUGUGUCAGCUGUGUGGGGAGGCAUACCGGGACCCACUGAGCCUGGCCCAGCACAGGUGUUCCAGAAUAGUUCGGGUAGAGUACCGCUGCCCCGAGUGUGCCAAGGUGUUCAGCUGCCCCGCCAACCUGGCCUCACACCGUCGCUGGCACAAACCCAAAUUGACCAAAAUGCUCCUCCCCACUUCCGCGGGCCGAGAAACGUCCAGUCCAGAACCUUUAGAGUCCGGUUCGGACGAUGAACAGUUGGAGUGCGACCAGUGCGACAAAAAGUUCAAAGGUCACUCCCACCUGCGCAAACACCUAGCUUCCGCGCACAUGCAUUACGUGCACUAUGUCCCCCUCAAACUGAGCAACGCCGCUGCCAUGGAGACAAGCAACGAACGUCACUUCCGGCUGCUACACAGCAUACAAAGCCCCGCCCACACUCCCAAUGUCACCAUCACGUGAUCUUGCUCUAGAAGUCUAAAGAAUGGCGAAAAUGUUCGUAAAAAUAUUUAGUUUAUCUUGUCAUUUAGAUUGUUUAUUUUGUAAUGUAGCUUGUUUAUUUUGUCAUUUUGUUUAUUUUGUUCUAUAGAUUGUUUAUUUUGUCAUUUAUCCUAUUUAUUUUUUUAUUUAGCUAGUUUAUUUUAUCCUUUAGUUUAUUUAUAUUGUAAUUUAGCUUGUACAAAAUGUUAGCAUGUAGCCGCUAAUGCCUUUGGAUUACAAAUCCUGCUGUAAAACUGCCUUAAACUUAUAUCUUAUUUAUUGGCUGUAUUUGUGAACUUAUUGUCUUAUUACAUGUGCUUGUAUAGCCAAAUUAUUUAAUUUGUCAAACAUACUUAUAUAUUUUAUUGUAUUAUUUUUAUUUAGUAAGCUCAAAGCAAUCAUGACUUUUUCU